AUGGCAGAUUCCGAAUCCAGUUUCCGCGUCGUCAUUGUGGGCGGUUCAAUCGCCGGGCUUACGCUCGCUCACUGUCUGCUUCGAAACAACAUCGACUUUGUUGUGCUAGAGUCCCAUGCAGAUAUUGCACCCCAGGUCGGUGCAUCUAUUGGUAUCCUUCCGAACGGUGCCCGCAUCCUCGACCAACUAGGCCUCUACGAUGACGUUCUUAGUAAAGUUGAGCCUCUUACUAGAGCCUUCACGUGGACCCAUGACGCCAAGUCCAUUUCCGACACAGCUGGCCCCCUAAUAAUACAUGAAAGGCAUGGUUAUCCAAUUGCGUUCCUUGAUCGCCAAAUUCUGCUCGGAAUUCUAUACGAAGGCCUCGGAAACCAAAGGCAUCGUGUUAUGGUGAACAAGAAAGUGACUGAGAUAGAGCAUCACCCGGAAAAGGUUGUGGUUCAUUGUGCAGAUCAAACCGUCUAUGAGGGUGAUCUUGUUGUUGGAGCCGAUGGGGUACGGAGCACAGUGAGACGACAGAUGUGGCAGUAUAUGGAGUCUCGCGGAAUGGAGCAUGAAGCCCGCAAGGAGGAAAACUUGAUGACGUCCGAGUACAACUGUGUAUUCGGUAUAUCUUCAGCUACCCCCGGACUGACACCAGGACAUGGACAUCGAACCUUCGCGGAGGGCUAUUCCAUACUGACAAUCAUCGGCAAAGAAGGACGGGUGUACUGGUUUUUCUUCAAUAGAAUGGACCAAACUUACACCGCGUCUCAAAUUCCCAGGUUCAGUCAAGAUGAGAUCGAUAGCCAUCUCGCCCCCUAUCUACAAAAGCCGAUCACCCCCGACGUACCGUUGGCUGAGAUUAACAGGAGAGCAAUAGUCAGAACUUUUGUAUCCCUGGAAGAAGCUGUCUAUAAGCACUGGUGUGUUGACCGAUAUGUUUGCAUUGGCGACUCGGCCCAUAAGAUGACACCGAACCUGGGCCAGGGCGGCAACAGUGCAAUCGAGAGCGCCGCGUCGCUUGCAAACAGCCUCUCUACUCUAGUUCAUGGGCCUACUAAACCAAAGAGAGAUGCCCGGAAUAUCCAUCAGUGCAUGCAAGCAUGGCAGAACAUCCGCCAGAAGCGGCUUGACCAUAUCUCGCAGUCAGCUUAUAAGUUAACCAGAAUAGAGGCCCUGGCUGGUCUCAAGGAAAAGAUCAUCGGGCUGUAUCUUCUUCCAUAUCUUAGCCAAUACUUGGUCGAUCAAACGUCCGCUACGGUUGUUGGAGCAGCAAAAAUUGACUGUCUACCUCUGCCACCAAAAUCACUAGAGUGCACCAUGCCGUACCUGGAUGACGACAACAGUGUCUCCAAAGAGGGUAAUGAGUUAUGGAAGCGUGCUCUUUCAAUCGUUCCCUUUGUUGCCUGCUAUGCUGCUGCGCAAAAGACAAUGGGGACGUUGAUAACUCAGACUGGGCCCUUCAUGCUGUCUUUGUUUGCAGAGGGGGUAUGGUCCGCAGGUAAUGGGGAGGUCCUUAACCUAAGCAGACCAUUCUAUCAUAUCCCAUUUUUGGACAAACUCUUUCGGCCAGCGAUUACAUGUUUCCUGCCCUCUAUCAGUGGAUCUGAUCCGCAAUCCCGCAUCCAAAUGUUAUCAUUUAUGGCCGACAAUGGCCCCAUCUACGGAAUAUGGCUUUUGGAAAGUUAUCGCAAAGCAAAUUCCUGGUAUGAGCUUAUACUCCCGAUAGGCGCAGGAAUCACCUUCCAGUUGAAAGGCAUUGGGAAGUUUGCACCAAUCUACUAUGCACUAGAGCAUAUCCGCUCGCCCCUUUCAAGCCUCCUACCGGGGGCCAAGCAGCAGAUAGCGCCGGAGACUUCAAGCUCUUUAGUGUAUGCUAUGCUGGUUGUAUACUAUCUACCCACAUUUGCGAACUUUGUGGUUCCAACGGUUGAAUCGCGGCGCACGCACAAUGCCGUUUGGCAACUGUUUCCUGUCGUGGUACCUCUGCUACAGGCUCCCUUGCAUCGUCUGGUCAAGACAUGUUUCAUAAGUAAGAACAAGACACAUCAAAAGGAAGAACGUAAGAAGAGUAUGCGUUAUGCCCGGUACGCAUAUGGCACGUUUGCUUUGUUCUCUGGACUUACGUUCUUUCACGCUCGAUACUCUGUGCCAGAUCAUGCUUCGUUCGCUAGUGCCUUUUUGCCCGGGUUGAGAGGCCACUUGGAGCCUGUCACCUCAUUUUCUGACGGGAUUGCGAGGUUCCUCCAGUAUGAUGAAGUGAUAUCCAUGGCUAGUGGGUUCAUUUGGCUCGCGUUGAAAUUCAAAGAAUUGAAAGAUGCUGGGGCCUCGUUCUCUUGGUUGAAGGCUGUUGGGGGACUGGUGGGGACUACGAUUACGCUUGGCCCUGGAGCUGCGUUUGUGCUGGGUUGGGGCUGGAGAGAAGAGAUCAUGCAUAAAUUGGUUGGUGACGGACAGUAA